AAAUAUGGAAAUGAAUUCAUCUGCCCACACAAUGGUAGGUUCCGGCACUGAGGCAAACACGCGAAUUGUCUCACCCUCAACUAAUGAAUGCUAUUCCCAACAAUGUGCCGAACGUAAAAAACAACUUUUGGAGGAGAACAGUCGCCUCCAAGGAAAAGUUGAAGAGCAAAUGUUGCGUCUGAAUGAUUACGAGGAGGAUACAACAUUACUGCGUAGCACUAUUCGUUCAAUGGAAGAUGAAAGUAAGAAAAGCUUUUUGGCAAUGGAACAGAUGUCAAAGGAGAUAGAGGAGAGGACUGCCGAGGCGCAAGCUGCCAAUAUGGCCGUACUGCGCUUUCAGGUGCGCUUUGUAUUUGUUCCUUCCCAUUCAUCUCCUUAUCAAUUAAUUAGUCGAUAUACAGAAGACUGCGCCAUAAGUGGGAAAGCAAUAGAAUUGCUACAGUUCUUUGGACAACCAUUCACGCAUCCCUCCUAUCUUCUCCAAGAUGGAAGCCAUCUUGUACCAUCAAGAUCGCUUGGAAAGCCAGUGUGAAG